AUGCGCCUCAACGGCUCUGCGCCGGUUCCCCGGGGCGCGCCGGGCGCCAAACCCUUCCUGCUGCCGCCCUCGGGGCUGGAGGCGGCGCUCCUAGCCCCAGGCUUCGGUAACGGCACGGGCAACGAGUCGGAGCACCUGCGAGCGGCGCCCAGCAGCGACCUGGACGUGAACACGGACAUCUACUCCAAGGUGCUGGUAACGGUGGUGUACCUGGCGCUCUUCGUGGUGGGCACGGUGGGCAACUCGGUGACGGCAUUCACGCUGGGGCGCAAGAAGUCGCUGCAGAACCUGCAGAGCACCGUGCACUUCCACCUGGGCAGCCUGGCGCUGUCCGACCUGCUCAUCCUGCUGCUGGCCAUGCCCGUGGAGCUGUACAACUUCAUCUGGGUGCACCACCCCUGGGCCUUCGGCGACGCCGUCUGUCGCGGGUACUAUUUCCUGAGGGACGCCUGCACCUACGCCACCGCCUUCAACGUGGCCAGCCUCAGUGUGGAGCGCUACCUGGCCAUCUGCCACCCCUUCAGGGCCAAGACCCUCAUGUCUCGCAGCCGCACCAAGAAGUUCAUCAGUGCCAUCUGGCUCGCCUCGGGCCUGUUGGCUGUGCCCAUGCCCUUCACCAUGGGCCAGCAGAACCGCAGUGCUGACGGCCAUCACCCCGGCGGCCUGGUGUGCACGCCCGUAGUGGGCACCGCCACGAUCAAGGUCGUCAUCCAGAUUAAUACCUUCAUGUCCUUUGUGUUCCCCAUGGUGGUCAUCUCCAUCCUGAACACCAUCAUUGCCAACAAGCUGAACAUCAUGGUCCGCCAGGCAGCUGAGCAGGGCCAGGUGUGCACGGUUGGGGACCAGCACAGCUCAUUCAGCAUGUCCAUCGAGCCUGGCAGGGUCCAAGCCCUGCGGCAUGGUGUCCGGGUCUUACGGGCUGUGGUCAUCGCCUUUGUGGUCUGCUGGCUGCCCUACCACGUGCGGCGCCUCAUGUUCUGCUACAUUUCCGAUAAGCAGUGGACCCCGUUCCUGUACGACUUCUACCACUACUUGUACAUGCUGACCAACACGCUCUUCUAUGUCAGCUCCACCAUCAACCCCAUCCUCUACAACCUGGUCUCCGCCAACUUCCGCCAGGCCUUUCUGUCCACCCUGGCCGGCCUCUGUCCCUUGUGGGGGCGCAGGAGGGAGAGGCCGGCCUUCUCCAGGAAGACCAACAGCGUGUCCAGCAACCACACCUUCUCCAGCAACGUCACUCGGGAGACACCGUAUUAG